UCCUGUGGCGGGCUAGUGCGGGGCGCCCGCUGCGGUCGUGACCGGCGGAGUGCCAGCGUGCGGGGGUCUCUGUCGGCGGGGACCUCACCAUGGCGCUGCAGCUCUCCCGGGAGCAAGGCAUCACCCUGCGCGGGAGUGCGGAAAUCGUGGCCGAGUUCUUCUCCUUUGGCAUCAACAGCAUUUUAUAUCAGCGUGGCAUAUAUCCAUCUGAAACCUUCACUCGAGUGCAGAAAUAUGGACUCACCUUGCUUGUAACUACUGAUCCCGAGCUCAUAAAGUAUCUUAACAGUGUGGUGGAACAACUGAAAGAUUGGUUGUAUAAGUGUUCUGUCCAGAGACUGGUGGUGGUCAUCUCAAAUAUUGAAAGUGGUGAGGUCCUUGAAAGAUGGCAGUUUGAUAUUGAGUGUGACAAGACUGCAAAAGACGACAGUGCUCCCAGAGAAAAGUCUCAGAAAGCUAUCCAAGAUGAAAUCCGUUCAGUGAUCAGACAGAUCACAGCAACAGUGACAUUCCUGCCCCUCUUAGAAGUUGCUUGCUCAUUUGAUUUGCUGAUUUAUACAGACAAAGAUUUGGUUGUACCUGAAAAGUGGGAGGAGUCAGGUCCUCAGUUCAUUACAAAUUCUGAGGAAGUCCGUCUCCGUUCCUUUACUACCACCAUCCAUAAAGUGAAUAGCAUGGUGGCCUACAAAACACCUGCUAAUGACUGAAGGUGAGACUAGGAAAGUAAUGUAGUUACAAUUCUCUAAUGUUGUUUUCCUGAAAUUUAAGUCAGCUGUGGUUGACAGGUCUUAUUUCAUUGCAUAAUUUUUGGAUGGGGAAAGAUAACAUUGUACUUUGGUGAAUGUGUAUUGUUCCACUUCGGGGGGUGCCUAUUACCUUAGGGGAUAAUACAAUGAGUUUUCUGCACAUAGUUCAGGAGAGACUACCAGCUUGUGUCAGCUUCAAAAUAUAAGUUCUUUUAAAGUGGUAUUCUUUAGAAAAUACUAGCUAUAAAGCUUAAUAGCUUGACUUACAGAGAUGCUUGGAUACGUAUACAGCAAAAGCUUAGAUUCUGAAAAUAGUGAAAUAUAGAUUUAUUGGGUCCUGUAUUAUUUGUUAUAUUGUAUAGAUCCCACAUUGAACAUUUUCUGAUUGAUUUUAACUUAUAUGGAGUAAACCUAUGAAAGAAUGGAUAUUUGCACUGUUGAAUUCUUUUAUAAUAAAAAACUUUACAAAAAAUUUUAAUGUUUUCUACAAUCAAGCUUUGAGUGACA